GAUGAUCUCGAAUCUAUGGAAGAAUCGGACGCAGUUGAUGAUUCGGUAGAAGAUCGUGUCGAGAUAUCGAAAAAAGACAACGAGUCUAUUUAUACUUCUAACAAAAUUAAUAUAAGUAAUAAUCACAUUUAUGAUGAAGAAUCGCUAAAUGUACUGUCUCAUGAAAUGGACGAAGACUUGAACAACCAUCAAGAUGAUCUUAAUAGUAAAAUUGGUGAGCUAACAAAUCACGAAAAUUGUAGUUUACCUGUUUCAGAAGUUACAAAUAUACCGACUUCCUCAUCCCAAUAUAUUAUCGAUGGUUCAUUUCAAUUAGAUGAUAAAAUUGAUUAUAAUACUAUAGGAGCAGAAAUAGAGAAAGUGGAGAAUGAAAUUGAUCAUUAUAAAAGCCUUCUUGAUCAAAAAAGAAGGCGCAUUGAAGAAAAA